AUGAGUCUCGUAGAAAGUUACUUGGAUCUUCCUUAUGAGCAAAGAUGGGAUCGUCUCAAACCAGCCAUCGUGAAGAUUUAUCUAGAAGAACGAGCCACCCUUGCGGAGCUCUCCGAGCGGAUGGCCAGUGAUCUUGGUUUCAAGGCGGAAAUUCAUCAGUAUCGGUAUCAAUUCAAGAAAUGGGGCAUCAAGAAGCGUACCACAACCGUUGAGAAAGAAGCCGUGAUAACAGCCUUGGGGAAAAGACGUCGACAGCAUGGGGUUGGCACAUCGAAUGUUCAACUUGAGCAGGGUAAUUGGCCCAAAUCCGUCGACAAGAAGCAGCUCAAGCGACAUAUCAACGACUCAAUUCGCAAAGAGAAACCAGUAUCCCUUCGGCCUGGCAUUCGGAACUUGCCAUAUUCUGCGCUUGUUCGAAAGCUCGGAGGCCAUGCUCACGACAAUCCAUCUCCCUUGAGUGGUGGUCCUCAAACUCCAGCAUACCUCUCAGUCUCCAGUCCCCAGAAUCAGAACGUUAAUGGCAGCCCGCAGGAGGGUAUGUCGCCGACAACGCAGUUAGUGCAUAGAAAGGUUCUCAUCGAUAGAGCACAGCUAUUGCUCGACGGUAGGGAAUUCGAAUUAAUGAAGCAGAUGAGUAGCGACGAAAGAAGAAUCACUGCCAACUGGCUACAUGAUUUCUGGAUGUUCGCUUUCGUGACUACCAAAUACUGGGGAAAGGGACCCCAAGAGUGGACGUUGCCACUGAUUGAAGCCAAAACGCUGGCUGGAAUUGCCCGCGAUUUGCCUCCAGAUCAUCCGAGUGGAUCGCGGGAGCUCGACCAUGCUCGGUCCCCGUCAAUGGCCACUGCCGUCAUUAGCCCUCCGACACAAUUGUGUAACUGGUCGAUUCACUACUUAGAACGGAUGAAAUACGAGGCUAUCCGUUCCUGGCCCAGCGACCCGGCAGAGCACAAAGAACAAGACAUAGAGGAUGAAUCUACUUGGCAAGAAUGGAGCCCGAACUAUGGGCGAGAUCUAACCAGCACGAUCACUCAAGGUCUCCAGACAAAUGAGUUUACGAAAUGCCAAACCGAAGAUUUGCCGUUGGCAGUAGAUUCUAUUGUCAACACAUUAUCUGGGUCCACUAAAGAUGCAAAGGUCGAGGCCAUCGGAUUUGCCAUCAUGAGCCGCAAUAUCGGCGCCUUCUUCGACCUUCUAGAUGACGAGGACGUGAAUUGGGAAGCUCUUCGCGAAAUCUCUCCAUUUCAUCUAGCAGCAAAGUUUUUGGACGGUUCAAAGGCAUGUUGUGGAAUGAUGUCUGCACUGGUCGAACGGUUAGAGGAUGUCAACUCGAUCGGUGUCAGUUACACGGACCAUUCAGGCCUGACUGUAUUGGACGCCCUGUUCAUCUCUAUACUGCGCUCACACACUUCAGUCGAAGCUUCGGUGCUGGGGGCCACAUUUGCCACCACCGGAUUGUUCUCUGAGGGUUCUGAUGUUGAUAUUUGCGGGAGAUGGGACGCCGAUUCACCAUGCAUCCGCCUGCUUCGCGCGACUGGAGAAGCGUUUAUACCGCAUGAGUGGAAACACAUUUUUUGCCAUACUUCAUCACAGACAGUUUGUCAUUGCAUUACUUCAAUAUUCAUGAGAAACUGGGGUCCCAACAUCAAUACGGCCAGCGGUUUGUUCCAGAGACGCUGUCAAUGUGGUUUAGAGCUCAAACUUGGGCCGCUCCACGCCUUUGUGUUCGUGGCCUUCCAUUUGGCGAAUAGUGGCAUGCCAGGAGAAACACUUUUUGGCAUGCUCGCUUGUUUGGUUUGUCUCAUAACAUUAAAGGCCGAUCCAUGUUUGUCUGCUCAGAUCUCGAUUGAAGCUGUUCUCGGACUUGGAGAGACAGAGAAGUGUCAGCAUCGAUCAUUCAAUGCGGCCGACCUUGCUUCGGCUGUGCCAGGAGAUGUCGUAAGCAAGUGGACACCCGAGGUGCAGUUGGGUUGGGAAGCCAUCAAAGAACUUCUGAAGUACCGCGUGACGCGAGCCCGAAACUCAGAUGUUGAUACCACGAACGGGCUUUCCGUCUCGUCCAGGACUCCACGCGGAGUCACACACGAUUACGAGCAUUGCAUUGACGAGUAUGAUGAUGAUAUAUCGGAACCCGAAGAUGAUUCUUGUCGGCAUGGUAUUCAUGAGAGCGAAAGAGCGGAUAACACACGGCUUGUGGAGUGCGGAGAUCAACGUCUGGGCACGAUUUGGGCUGCCAUCCAAGUCGAAUUGUUGACGUACCGAAGACUCGAGGUGGGAGAUACUUGGCUGUCUUCCAUGUUUGACAUGCGGAAUGUUGUCGAAGGACUGCGAGCAACCGACGAUUCGGUUCUUAUGCGCAUGGUGGAUUGUCGCGGGAAGGACGCUUUCCAACGCUUUUCACGCUGCGGUCUGUUCUUGGAGGCGAGAGAUCCCGGAUGUGCCAGGAGAGAAGAAGCGUGCGCUUCUUACUUUGCCAAUCUAGAUGAUUGGAUGCGAACUAACUUCAUACAAGCUAGGACUAGUUUCUGGGAUAUGCUUUGA